CUAAACUGUAGAUAACUAUUUAAAAUUCUUUUUUUAUAAAAAUUGUAUCAUUUUCAGAGCCAACAGACGUUUGGAGCUCCUUGUAUAUGAACUAUUGAGUACUCUCGAGUUAAUAGUGUCUAAUAAACGACGAAUUAGUCUUAAUAACUAUUAAGCAGCAAACCCAGGGCGAAACAAUCAUCAAGAGAUGUGUCAUUUAAUCACUUAAUCCAGCUUUCAUUCAUUCAUUAAUUCAUUCAUAAAUGUGCAGUGCUUUGUUUGUUAUGUAUUGAAACCUAACUGAAACCUAAUGGAGUAAAGAAGAAAGUAAGAAACGCAAGUUAUCGAAGUUUAUUGUAUUUAUCGCGAAAAUGGCCGUUGUAUCUUUAGUUGGAAGCAAGAUUAUUUUGGCGUUUUGUAACUUUCUACUGUUGAUAUGUGGCUUCACACUUAUAGUAGGAGGCAUGAUGGUCCUUUUUGACAACGAACGAGUUCUGCUAUCCAGGCUUCUGUCACCCACAGGACCAUUUUCAACUUUUCCACAUCCGCUUUUGCACUACAUUUGUAUCGGGGCUGCCAUAUUGGGGAUUAUAUUGGCCACUGCUGGCAUCGUGGGAUGCUGGGCUUCUUGUGUGCACAAUUAUUGUAUUUUGAGUGUGUAUUUUUCCAUUGUUUUGCUAGUCCUUGUGGGAGAAUGUGCCAUAUACGUGAUAGCCUGGGUAUGGCCCAGUUGUAUGGGUCUGGGAAUAGAUGUAGACGAAUUAAUUCGAGCUGUACAAAGGAACUACGGUAUCGGUGGACAGGAACAGUUCACCAUAGCAGUAGAUCUCGCACAAACAGAGUUUCACUGUUGCGGAGUUGAGUCUGCAAACGAAUACGACACUUCAUAUUGGCGAUUGCAAGCGCUGGGACCAUCGCUAGCUGUUCCUCUGACUUGCUGCAAACUGUUGAACAUCAAUCAAACCAGAUCAUACUUAAAUCCUGAUCCUGUGAGCCUGACUUUAUGCCAGGCUUUAGAAAGGAAUAGACACGAUGGAUUUAGGCACGUUAUGGGCUGCAGGGAUCCCCUAGAACGCUGGUAUCGCGACCAUUAUUUCGCCUUUUUGGGCGUAGGCCUCAUAGUCGUUCUCGUAGAAUUCUCAGUUCUUCUCAGCUCGAUCGUAACCUGUACCAGGAUUUACCAUCACAAUCAAGAUAUACGGGAAAACGCCAGAAACACGGAGCACGACAUUGAAAUUUCGUCCACCCCUACCACCUUCAAGCGAUCCUCAGGUUCCGAUGCUGGAGCUUACAGUAACGAAACGUAUGCACUUACGGGAAAUUUUAAACAGAAUUAUAAGCUGACCGAAAGAGCAUGAUAUUGGGUUAAAGGGGUUUUUGGACCCUAUUACGUGUAUGAAAUUCAAGAAGAUCCGAUGUUGUGGUGAAGAUUUUGGCAGAAUAUUUCAUUAUUACCAAAAAAACUG